GUUUAUUUUCAAAUAAAUAUGUAAAAAUAGUUAUAACUUGAAAUCUGCAGCAUGAAUUCAACCUUUUUCCAUGAAUCAGAAUAAUAAUAAACUUUCUGAACAUGGUGAGAAUAAAAGCCUUGAAGAAAAGUUGGUUGAUCAUGUCACAAAACCUGAAAAUGAAAAAGAAAGUGUAAAACAGUCACCAACAAUAUUGCAAAGCAAUUUAAUUAAUGAAAAGCUGCAAUCUUUUACAAGGCUAGCAGUUCCAACUUCAAGAAAUGAUUCUUCAACCAGCAUAUAUUCCUUAACUCGUCUUGGUAUGACAUCUGUGACAAGUAAAUUGGUUAGUAAAUGGAAACCUACUCAAAGCAAGCAAUCACUUACUGAGGCUUUCAAGAAUUCUCCAACACAACUAUUAAACCACAGUCUAUCUAUGUCAAAGAUAACAAAACAACAAAGUCCAUUAACUCGCAAAACCGUUGUCAUUGAACCCAAUUAUGUAAUUGCCAAAACUGUUUUGGAUGGUAUUAUUAGAAAAGUGGAAAAACAUGAUCGAAAGGAAAAACGCAAACAUGAAAAGAUGAUGUCUGUUAUAAAUAAACUGCGAGCCAAAGAGUUUGUUAGGCGGCAAACUGUUCUUAUGGUCAAACGUAAUAACCUACGAUAUGAGAUAAUGAGAAAACGUGAAAUAAUGGAAGCACUAUUGAUUCAAGAAGUAGAGAAAGAACUUUUCCCAAAACUUGAAUGUAUACUCAAUUUAGAAAAGCCUAAUGAAGAAGAAGGAAUCAAAAUAAAGCAUAAUAAAAAAGUUUUAAAAUGUAAACGAAAAACAUCUAAGAGAGCUGCUGAUAUGAUCAAAAAGAAAAAAUCAGUUGAUACUAAAGUUGACUUGUAUUGCAUUUGUAGAACACCUUUUGAUGAAACACAAUUUUAUGUGGGAUGUGAUUUAUGCAAUGGUUGGUUUCAUGGGUCUUGUAUUGAUAUAACAGAAGAAGAGGCAGAGAGUAUUGAUAAAUAUAUAUGUGAAUUAUGCAACAAGCAGAAAACUCUUAUCAAAGAAGAAGAGUUGUAUUGUAUUUGCAGACAGCCUUAUGAUGAAAACAGAAUAUAUAUUGGUUGUGAAAUGUGCAAAGACUGGUUUCACAAUACUUGCGUUGGUAUGACAAAUGAUAGUCUAGUUAAAGAAUAUAAAUGCUCUAAAUGUAGGAAAAAAAUUUCUAAAGAAUUAGUUAAUUCAAAACCUUUAACAAGAAAAGAACUUGAUGGAAUAAAAUGCUUGCACAAAUCUUUAAUUAAUCAUGAAUUUGGAUUGCUUUUUAUGAAACCUGUUUAUAAAAAAGACUUUAAAGAUUAUUACGAGAAAAGCAUGAUGGAUUUACAGACUAUUGGCACAAAACUGCACACUAACAGCUACUCAACGCUUGCAGAUUUUGUGGAUGAUGUUUUCAAAAUAUUUGACGAUUAUCGCUAUCAUAAUCCAUCAGAUUUAUCAUUAUAUAGAUGCGCAGAGGUCUUAGAGAAUUACUUCGUUCAAAUGUUAAAUGAAUUUAAAAACACAUUUAAAAAGCGGUGACUCUUUGAACAACUUUAAUUUCUUUAAUAAAUGGCAACUUUAAGAACAUGUACAACAACCUUUUAAACAAUAUUUACAAGAACUUGUUGCAAUAUAUGUACAUGAACGUAAUGUAUUUACCUUUGAUAACUCUUCGCAUAACAUGUACAACAACGUAAUGUUUAUACGUCGGACAAUUUGUUGCAUAACAUUUGUUAGGACAAUACGUUGACAUACGUACAACAACUUGUUGCAUAACAACAACGUAAUGUACAUUAUACAGCAACUUGUUGCAUAACAUGUACAAAACGUUAUGUACAUAAGUAUGACAAAUCCUUGCAUAACGUACAAUAACAUGUUGCGCAACAUACAAAACUUAUUGCACAAGUUGCGGCGCAACAUGUUUAGUUUAAAAGCAUUUCAAGUUGUCAUCCAACAAAGAAUUAAUGCUGCAGUUUGGUACUACAUUAAGAAUGAAAAUGAAAAUUAUAACAUUUUAUUGUUACUUUAUUUAUCAACAAAUUGGUAGCAAAGGAUGUCAAUAUGGUAGCGAUUUUUGCAAAUUAAACAAUUUUGCAGUAAAAUUUGUCCAAAUGGUAGUUGGUUGAUCUUCGUAAUAAAAUACUUACAAAUUCGAAGGAAGUAAACAAUUAUAAUUUAUUUAUACUUUUAAAAAAUAAAAUUUAACAAUUCAAGUUUA